GGCCGGCCAGCCGUCCCUCUCCUCCCCUCGAUCCACCCCCAGCCCGCGCUGGGCAACUGUCAGUCUUGGCCGCGGCCGCCUGCUCCGAGCUGACAUGGACCCUGAAGGCCUGGCGCUCCUGCUGCCUCCUGCAGCUCUGGCCACCCUGGUGGAAGGCUGGCUCCGCGAGGACUGCCCGGGGCUCAACCCCGCCGCCCUGGUCACCGGGGCUGCCCCUGCGCGCGCCGUGCUGUGGGCCAAGUCUCCCGGGGUCCUGGCUGGGAGGCCCUUCUUCGACGCCGUCUUUGCCCAUGUCAAUUGCCAGGUGACGUGGUUCCUCCCAGAGGGGGCCACGCUCGCGCCCGUGGCCCAGGUGGCCGAGGUGCGGGGCCCCGCGCACGGCCUGCUGCUGGGGGAGCGCGUGGCCCUGAACGCACUGGCGCGCUGCAGCGGGGUGGCCAGCGCGGCGGCGGCGGCGGUGCAGGUCGCCAGGGGCACCGGCUGGGCCGGGCAGGUGGCGGGCACCAGGAAGACGACGCCCGGCUUCCGGCUGGUGGAGAAGUACGGGCUCCUUGUGGGCGGCGCCGCCACGCACCGCUACGACCUGGGCGCGCUGGUGAUGGUGAAGGAUAACCACGUGGUGGCCGCAGGCGGAGUGGAGAAGGCGGUGAGCGGGGCCCGGCAGGCCGCGGCCUUCGCGCUGAAGGUGGAGGUGGAGUGUAGCAGCUUGGCCGAGGCGCAGCGGGCGGCCCAGGCAGGUGCCGACCUCCUCAUGCUCGACAACUUCCUGCCUGAGGAGCUGCACCCAACGGCUGCGGCACUGAAGGCCCAGUUCCCGAAUGUGGGUGUGGAGGCCAGCGGGGGCAUCACUCUGGACAACCUGCCUCAGUUCUGUGGACCCCACAUUGACGUCAUCUCUCUGGGGAUGCUCACCCAGGCCGCGCCCGCGCUCGAUUUCUCCCUCAAGCUGUUCGCUGAGGGCACCACGCCCGUGCCCCAUGCCCGCCGGGCCUGAAGGUCAAGAGGCUGAGAGGGGCCGUUAGCUGGAGACCCUCGAGAGGUCACUCAUCUUUAAGGACCGUGCCGGGAGAACUCGCUCUGCUCUGGCCUACGCUGAAAUCCAGCUGUGCCACUUC